UACUCUCAUACUCAAACGUUGCUACGGGCGACGGCAUCAGCUACUGUAUAGGGUAGGAAUGCAUGAUGAAUGCAAAGUGCCAGAAGGAUGUUCCAUCUGUGCCUGCCCAAGGUCGCCCACAAGUGGUGGAGAUGAAGAAGGACAGCUUGUAAAUCAUUUACACACUACCCUGCAUUGAAGUUCACAUGGGAGAACAUUUAAAGGGGAACACAAGCAAAGAUUUUAUUUACUCUUUGAGACUUGAUGUCCAAGGUAUUUAAAAAAAAAAAAAAAAAAAAAAUACAAGAGAAGUAUGUGCAUGUUCCAUCAUGUACUUUUGAUGAAGACAGUGAUAACUGUCUUUUGUUUGCAUGCAGACAUUAAUCUGAUGACAUUCCUAUCACCCUCAGCUUGUGGUUUAUCCAGUUUUAGCUUGCUGAACUAAGACAGAUGCUUGCUGUUUUCCAAGAAUAGUUUUUGAACAAAUGCAUUUAACAUGAGUUCAUGCAGAUUGUUCACAUAGUGAACGGGAGGAACUAUAAACUUUCCGUCAAAAUCCCCUUCUAACCACUGUACAGUUUGAUAAGAUCAUUGCUCAAAUGUGAAUGAGGAAAUACACCAAUCAGAACAAUCACCAACGAAAGGGAACUUCUGCCCAUCCAUGCAAAUAGGAACACGUAUUCUGAACCCUUUCAUACCUGCUUAAACAACCAAGACAGAAACAACAAGGACCUCACAGACAUGGCAGAUAUACCAUAUGAGCACCAGUUCCGUUGUUCCAUCUGUCUGGAUUUUUUCACCGAUCCAGUCUCGACUCCAUGCGGGCACAACUUCUGCAAGUUCUGCAUUGAGAAGUACUGGGACACCACAGAAGUGUGCAGCUGCCCCCUGUGCAAGGAAGUGUUUUCCACACGACCAGAGCUUCGAAUUAACAUCUCCUUCCGAGACAUUGUCAAUCACUUUAAAAACACAACAUUGUGUGCUGUGACGAGCGAUGAGACCAGUGUGGCCAAAGCCGAUGACGUGGUCUGUGACGUCUGCACAGACGUGAAAGUAAAGGCCGCGAAGUCCUGCCUGGUGUGUAUAGCAUCGUACUGCGAGACUCACCUGAAGCCUCACAAGACAGCAGCGGUCCUGAGCAAACACAAGCUCAUUGAACCAAGCAGAGACUUGGAGGACAGAAUAUGUCAGAAGCAUGAGAGGAUCCUGGAGCUGUUCUGCAGGAAGGAGGAGGUCUUCAUAUGUCAGACCUGUGCCGAGACCGACCACAGGCGACACCAGGUUGUGACAGCAGAUGUUGCUACACAGCAAAAAUUGCUCCAGAUUAAGAGGAAGGAGAGAGAAGUGGAGCUGAUGAUACAGGAUCGGCAAAAGAGGAUUGAGGAAAUCAACCACUCGAGGAAAAAAAACGACGAAAAUGCUGACCAACAAAUGGAGAUAAGCGUUAAGGUCUUCAUGACUGUGAUGGAGUCCUUCAGGAAGACCCACAGCAACCUGAUAAAGGAGAUCGAGACGCGGUGCAACGCUGAACAGAAGCGCUUUGAGAAGCUCACCAAGAUUCUGAAGCAGGAGAUUGGCGAACUGGAGAAGAAAAGUGUUGAGCUACAGCAACUUUCACUCAUAGAAGACGACAUCUCCCUCCACCAGGCUUUCAAUAAGGCAAACACACUGCCAGCCAUGCAUGACUGGCCAAACAUCCCUGUUGAUGAAGUGGAUUUUUUGGGUUACAUACGAACAUCUCUGAAUAAUGCAAAGGAGUUCAUAAACCUGGAAAUUAAAGAGCAGGCGGCCACUGAGCUCAAGAAAGUGCAGAAAUAUGCAGAGGACAUCACCAUUGACCCUGACACUGCAGGGCCCUGGCUCAUCGUCUCAGAAGACGGCAAAGAAGUCCGGCAGUCUCCAAAGAAGCACAAAGUUCCAGUGAGCCCGGCAAGGUUCACAGAAAACACUUUUGUUCUUGCAACUCAGGGUCUGACCAAGGGCAGGCACUACUGGGAGGUAGGUGUGAAGGAGAAAGCCAACUGGGUGCUGGGAGUUUCCUCAGGCUCUUUGAUGAGGACAGAGCACAUCACUCCCUGUCCAGAAAACGGGAUGUGGGCUCUUAGUCACAAGGACACAGUGCAGUAUUUUGCCUUAGAGCAAAAUCCUUUCCCUUUAAUGCUGCCGCCACCUGUCCAGAGAGUGGGCGUGUUUGUGGAUUACGAAGAGAGGCAGGUGACUUUCUUCAACGUAGAGGCCAAGACUCACAUCUUCACAUUCACAGAGUGCAACUUCACAGGCCGGGUUUACCCCAUAUUUGAUCCUUGCUUGGCGACGGAAAAGAAGGAGGUGGCUCCUCUGAGAGUUAUGAUCGUCGAGGUCACAAAAUGACCGAGUGAGAUUUAUCAGAGUUAGCAAGACAGCUGCUAUAUAAUCAAACACAGACGUACAAAAACACAGGAUCACAUUCUUUAUCCAUCAUUAACUUUGUUGCACAGUACAAGUAAUGUCUUAGCAAACAUUCUGCAUAUUAUUUUUUAUGUAAAACAUAUCAAGAAAAAGUCAUCCAUGUAUUUACUUCAUCACACUUGGACUAUUGCAGCUCUUUAUAGCGAGGCCUUAGCAUGAGGACGUCUCUUGUCUGCAGCUUGUGUAAAACUCAGCUGCCAGACUUUUAACAAAAGAGAUAAGACCUUGUCACUCACAUACCCUACCCCGGCUACCAGCAAGACAUACAAUUGAUUUUAAACUUUGACUUUUUAAAGCUAGCUUUGCCCUUUCCUACAUUAUAGAUUUACAGUAUAGAUUUAUUCACACCCUUCAAGUUCUUUUUUUUUCUGUUUGAGCCCUGCAGCUGUGGAUCACUUUAGAUCAGCAAACUCAGAACUGUCUUUUAAAUUAUGCCUCAAACUUCUGCUCUGCAGGAAAGCUUUGUAUAAGAUCUAAUUCUUAUCUUUUUAUUGCUUUUUAUUUGCAGGUAUUUUGCUUUUUUAAAAUAUAAAUAUAUGAAUAUAUAAAUAAUAUAUGAAUCUCUGUUUCAUAAUCUGUAAAAAUAAAGUUUUAUCAUAUUUAUUGUUACCUUACAAGUAGGUGGGGUUAUUGUAUGUGCAAAACUGCUUUUAUUCUCUUCAGGUAAAUGAGAAGAGAAAACAAUGUUAUUUAUGAGUCUCUAAUAUUGUAAUCAUGAUACAGUCUUAUAUAUUCACACUACUACACAAUAUCCAAUUAAAAAUAUUUCAGUUCAAAUGUUAUUUGUCUGUGAAGCUACAGCGGGCAUAGCAUAAAAGGGGAUAACAGCACCACCUUUUUUGUUACCGAUGGAUUCUGCAGGAAGUCACAGUCAGUCUACAACCUUCUGUAAUAUGGGCAAUUAUUGUUUUGUUAUGUACAUUUUGUUUAUUUUAUAAGCACUGGCUUCUUUUUUAUCAUAAGUAUUGUUUUCAAUCACCCAUGAUGAAUAAAUCUUUACUUCUAGAGUUGUGUUUUGUGCACUUUUUUCUCGUCCAUUGAUUGUAAAUCCUCUGUGCUGUUUUUUUUUCUUUAUUUGUAUUGUUUUAUGAUCAUUAAAUCAUGGUGUGUAAGUCACAAGUAUAAUUUA